GGGCAGUGUUGUGAAAUGCCAGUCGGUUUUGUGCAAAUUUCGGUGGGGAUUACGGGGCCUUUGUUGCUCAACGGUUGCGAAUACUCGGUGCCAAUGGCAACAACCGAGGGAUGUUUGGUGGCGAGUACGAAUCGAGGUUGCAAGGCGAUAUAUGAUUGUGGUGGUGCUACAGGCAUUCUUUUGAGAGAUGGAAUGACAAGAGCUCCUGUUGUCAGGUUUUCCAUGGCGAAGAGAGCUACGGAUUUGAAGUUCUUCUUGGAAGAUCCUCUUAAUUUCGAUACAUUGUCCUUGUUUUUUAACAAAUCGAGCAGAUUUGCAAGGCUCCAAGGCAUUCACUGUUCUAUUGCGGGGAAAAACCUUUACAUAAGAUUUAGCUGCAGCACAGGGGAUGCGAUGGGGAUGAACAUGGUAUCCAAAGGUGUUCAGAAUGUUUUAGAUUUCCUUCAAAAUGAUUUUCCAGACAUGGAUGUAAUCGGCAUCUCUGGGAACUUUUGUUCAGACAAGAAGCCAGCUGCAGUUAAUUGGAUCGAAGGGCGUGGAAAGUCAGUUGUUUGUGAGGCAAUCAUCACUGAAGAGGUAGUUAGGAAGGUAUUGAAAACCACCGUACCUUCACUCGUAGAGCUUAACAUGCUUAAGAAUCUUGCUGGAUCUGCUGUUGCUGGUGCUCUUGGUGGUUUCAAUGCCCAUGCUGCCAAUAUAGUCUCUGCAAUUUUCAUAGCCACUGGACAGGAUCCAGCACAGAAUAUCGAGAGUUCCCACUGUAUAACUAUGAUGGAAGCUGUCAAUGACGGGAAGGAUCUUCACAUUUCAGUGACCAUGCCUUCCAUCGAGGUGGGCACAGUUGGAGGUGGGACUCAACUUGCAUCUCAAUCGGCUUGCCUGAACCUUCUUGGCGUGAAAGGUGCAAGCAAGGAGUCCCCAGGAUCGAACUCAAGGCUUUUAGCAACCAUAGUAGCUGGUUCAGUUUUGGCAGGGGAGCUCUCCUUGAUGUCCGCCAUUGCAGCUGGGCAGCUUGUCAAGAGCCACAUGAAAUACAACAGAUCAAGCAAAGAUGUCUCAAAAAUUGCCUCUUAAGAGGAAAGAAGAAGGUUAAACAUUCAAAGAGGCUGAGAAGGCAAAAUUGGGGAAGAGGAACGAUACCCAUGUGAGAUCGCUUCUUGAUGUAGCUGUAAAGGUGGCAACCAUGCGAUGGUGCUAACUUGCCUGGUUGUACUUUACUCUUUAUCUAUAUCUCUAAGCAUGACAUACAUUCCCUAGUGACUUGUGACCAUUGGAGGCCCCACACAUCUGGUUUGUAUCGCUUUCCAAUUGUGAAUUUGAAGCUUGUCCUGUUUUCUAGUUGUUUCUGUCAUAUUAUUUGUCCUUGGGGGGCCACAUUGUUUCAGAGCUGGAUCAAUUGUUGUUUCUUCCCCUAUUACUUUGUACAUUCUCAGAACUUGAAUUUGAUGAUGGAUAUAUAUUUUUUGUUUGGUAUUAGUAUCUAA